AGAGAGAGAGAGAGAGCGAGGUGCAGAGCGGAGACGCCGGAGAGCUUCAGCAUUUAUGCAUGCUCCGAUUGUACUGUACAAAUGCGCCGUGACUCGUCUCAAGUGAACUUGGUGCAGUUACUCCUAGUUUCUCUCUGAUCUUGGCACACAAGGAAUUUGAGUGAUUCUCUGAAAUUCGUCUCCAACUUAUAUUUAAGUUUCGAGUUUUGCCAUUUUCCAUUCACGAAAACGUCCCUUCUGGUUAUGACACGUGUAUUUAUAAAAUAUGUUCGUCAAAAAUUAAACUUAGGAUUGUCCUCUUCGAUACAUAGCAACGGCCCAGAUCUAAACAUCGUAGACAGCUAGCGAGCGCCAUCAUCAUCUCCAUUUGCUACUAUUCUCCAUUCAUCGCAACUUUACACACGGGGAGGGUGUAGAGAUACAGAGAAAUCAAAACGAUGUCGCUCUGUUCAUCUUUCUCGUCUCCACCCCGUUCCCUCUCUUUCUUCUCCAAAACCAGACCCUUCAAAGACGAUCCCAAACCCCUUGCAACCUCUCGCUUCAGAGCUUCUGCCGACGUUCCCGAUUUUCUCUCUGCCGAUUGGCUUGAAUCUCGUAAGAAGAGACCUUUUGGCCCAAGAUUAAAUAAGAAGCUGUCCAGUACCAGCUUGAUGCACUCAAAUACAACGACCAGCCCCGUCAAGAUUAUGGCAUCGAGGUUAUGUACAGGUUUGCUGGAUUCGAUCCUUUUGAAAGGUCCACCUAUUUUGGGCCCUUUUUCGAUUUGGGACAGUUUGAACGGUUUAGGCGGAUUUUUCAUCAUUCAACCUAUCGCGUUUUACUUGGUCAUAAGGAUCGAAAGAUUCUUAGCAGUUUGUUUGUGGAGGAGGUAUAAAUGGCUUAUCAUUUGCAUGAACCGAUUCAAGCAGAGAGUUUGGAUACAAGGAAGUCGCCCGGAGGAAGAAGAAAUAUUUCAGUUUACCAUGGUUCAGAGGGUUGGUGGUUCUUGGGAUGGUUAUUGGCUGACGGAAAGUCUACUUCACGAUGGAGAUGCUUUUACAGGUGGAUUGGCUUACUGAAUAUCGAAUGCAGCCAUGGGGGACUUCAGUUAAUUACUUCUGCCCUGUUGUUGAAACAUUACAUUGUUCGACUAAACCUCAGAAUCUGUACAUAUGGAAAAAUGUAAAUCGAUGUCACUUCAACAUUAAUCUUUGUAAAUAAAAAGUAUGUAAUUAAUUAUUA